AUGCGCGCAUCUCGCGUGCCUUUGCCUCGCAGUCUCCCUCCACUUUAUUUCGAGGAACUUCUCUCAGUGGUUGUCCCUUGGGUCGAGUCGUUGUCUCGUAUCCCGAUUCCUCAUCUACACCGGUAUACUAACAAACUUGCAACAACAGAAUAUAACUUGGAGAAUGAAUUUGCAGCCGGCUAUGAAAACACAGAUGACCCCAUCGCAAAAAGAGAUCAAGCAUACGAGCUGUGCUUCAAUGGCCACUGCGACGAAAUCAGAAGCAUGCUGUCCGAUAUGUAUCUUCUGGAAAGCAUGCGGACCUCUGACAUUACGGUACACAUGGUCUCACCACCGGGAUUCACUGCCGACAUCACCGGAAGAAACGACCGGGAUCCGCAGGACCUUGCAUGGGAUAAUCCGAGUUCGGAGGGGUCGCCAAAGGAUCCAUAUGCCAGCCAAUGGGGCCAUCCUAGCCAUGAUGUAGGCAUCGCCGGUUCAAGUGAAUCGAUGGCCGAUGCCUACGAUUGUGGAUGGGACGAUCCAAUGCAUGAUGAAAGUAUCACACUCCCGGGUAAGUCCAGGGACAAUCUGUAUGAUUGUGGAUGGGAUGACCCGAUGGAUCAUCAAUUGAUCAUGGAAUCCGGUGAGUCACCCGCUGAUGCCUAUGACUGUGGCUGGGAUGAUCCAAAAGAUCAUCACAUCAUAUCCACCGAUGACUCUGCGGAGGAUCAAUACGACUGUGGAUGGGGUGAUCCGAUGGAUACCGACAAGCCAUCCACAGCGGUGAUGGCAGAACAGCACUGUGGGGAUGUAAACCCAUCGGUGGCCGAGGAUUUGUAUGAUUGCGGAUGGGAUGCAGUAGGUAUGCCCGGCAGGCAUGCAGGAAAUGAACACAAUGUCUUCCAACAUGCGGAACAUUCUAUGCGACAUGCCAUCAGAAGCCUACGCAGUAUUUGGCAUGAGGAUGCAAAUUCUUACCUGAACAACAUACUGCCAACCGACGAGGUUGACCGAGACCAGAUGCCAGCAGCGACGCAGACGGCAAACCGAAAUGUUCUCGGGACAUACGCGGACGCAGUGAUCAAAGUGACAGAACUAAGUGAGGACGUUGCAACCAUUCACCAUUUCCUUAAUGUACAGCGUCGGAUCAUGGACCAACUGGACAACAUGAUUGCAAUUUGUGAAAGGGAUGGCCGGGCUACAUGA